AUGCAAAAAUUCCUCAAAACAAAAGCGAAAGAAAAUUACUCGAAACAGGAGUUGGCAUUUAAAGAAAUGGAAUUUGAUGAUACAAUAUUGGAAAGAAAAGAAUAUGUAUUUCGAAAAGCGUGUGUGUUAAAUAAAAUUGAAAAAAUGGAGCGACCAAAACUUGACGAGGUCGUGGCAACUACACAAAACCAACUAAAAAUCAUCAGAGAAAUAAAAACAAUUGAAGAAACAGAAAAUAAAAAGACAAGUCAUUUGGAAAAGGAAAUUAACACUAAUAUCGACGUGAUUAUAAGUUCGUUAGAUAAAGAAUUAAAUAAAAUGGAAAAAUUUGUAUGUACACUUAAAAAGAAAUGCAAACAACUUUCUUAUCAAAUCACAAAAGAAAAAGUUGUAGAAACGUGUUUAAUAGCACAAAAAGAAAUAGAAACAAUUGAAAGCAAAGUGUGUGUAACUGAUAAUGAGAUGGAUAAAAUGACAAUGAAAAUUGAAUGGACGAAAAAAAGCAAAUGGAAAAACAUAAAACUGAUUCAAGAAGAAUAA